UCGGGAAUUGUCUGGAUCACCAUUUCUGGACCCCUGUUUCUGCCUUGGGGUCCUCCAUCAUAUACAUGGUAUCUCGUACCCAACUGGCUUUUUCCCUCUCACCAUUCCUGGAGGUUUAUCUUUUGCGUGUCCCCUCAUUCACCGUGUCUCAUGCCUUGAUCACCUACAAGUUCCAGCGAGACUUAUAUCAUAAUUAUUGUCUGCUAGUCAAGCUGCUCAGUUCUUUUUUCGAAGCACGUCUGGCUUUGAUCCCAACUGUUGUUUGAACGUCAAGGAAGACUUUAUAUACCCAUUCAAGAGCCCGGUGCACCCUUGUUUCCCCGAAGGAGAGUUAUACCCCGUCCUCGCUUCAGUUCCCCACGACGUCAGUCCAAAGCACGCGCGCGGUUCGCUGUUAAAACAACUUUGCUCAUUCUUACAAGUCCACAAACAGUCGCUCGGCUGACUACACUAUGGCUCACAAUGCACCGCUGCUGGGAUUAUAUCCUCUUUUUCAAGAUGGUGGCAGAGAGUGGACUCCAAACGGCCUGGACAUCAUCGCAGUGCCUGGUGUGGAUGGCCACCCCUUUGCCACUUGGACUGCCUCCACCUCACCGGAAAACAGCAUGGUUGGGCCCCUGUGGUUGCGAGAUUUUCUUCCCGGAGAGAAUCUGCCUGAUGCUCGCGUCUACAGCUACGGCUAUGAUGCAAAGUCAUGGCUUACACAGUCAAAAGGCAGUGAUUUGAAGACAUUCUCAGAUCUGAUGCUGCAGAGCAUAGUCUGGGCUCGAGAUGGCAAGUUGGCAAACAGACCGCUGGUAUUUGUCUGUCAUGGUGUAGGUGGAUUGGUCGUGAAGCAGGCACUUGUCACAGCCCACCUCAACGAAAAGGGGUAUCCUGGUGUUCACAGCUCCCUAAAAGCUGUGAUGUUUUUGGGUGUUCCCCAUCGAGGAGCGGGAAGCCUAACCCUCCACCAGAUCAUGGCUGACAUGCUUGUCUUGGGGGGUUUGAAGACAGCAGCAUCACCCCCUGGUCCAGAUCUUGUCACGAAGCUUCAGGCCGAGCCAGCCGGCAUUGACAAACUUUCAACCGACUUCCGCAAACACAUCAAGCCCCACGUUGUAUUGUUGUCAUGUUACGAGGAGGUCAACAUGAACAAGAAUGGCUCGGAAAGAUGUCUGGUUCCCCGAGAGAGCGCCAUACUUGAUGCUCCUGGGGAGAAGAUUAUUCCCAUGAUCAGCUGCAAUCAUGUGACAAUGGUAAAGUUUUACACUCGCAACGACCACAACUACAAGAACGUUGCGUUCGCCAUAUCUGAGGUUGCGAAACCCAGCAAGAGCCCGUCAAAUGCAAAGCCUGCCCCUGGUAAGAAGGAGCCAGAUCCGGUGACCAAAAAAGAACCACAGACAGGGAUCAAGAAGGAAACGAAGCCAGGGGCCAAGCCGGAGGCAAACAGCACAGCAAAGAGGGAGCCACCAGCUGUCGUGCCGAAAGUGGCAGACGCACCAAAGAAGACUGCGGAGCCAGCGAUCAGGAAAGAGGCUCAACCAGAACCAAAGAAGAAGGAGGAAACAAUCGCCGGACUUAGAGAAUGUCUUGCAUCGCUAGAAAACGCUUGCCAGCAGGUGCAUCCGCAGAACAAUCCCAAGGAAGUUGACACACCAACCUCUCUUCCCUUCACCAUGGACCGAGUUUCGAAAAAUACACAGUAUCGACAAUGGCUCAAUAGCUCAACGGAUGGUCUGCUUGUGAUACAAGGCGAAACUGGAUCUGGGAAAACAACCCUUGCCAAGCAGAUCUUCAAGAGCAUUACUGCUAGCCAAGCAAAGACGCUGGUACUGAAAUACUCAUUCAAGGAAACUUCUGCAGUUAACCUGGCGGGGGAGCAAUGGCGGUUGUCCUUCUGGAGCUCACUGGUCUAUCAGCUCAUGUCGCGCAAUCCCGAAUCCCUGGAGCGACUCGUGCGCCGACACCGCCGUCUUCGCAUAGCACUGACACCAGGGUUUCUGCCCGUGUGGAAGCCCGAUGAGCUUCUUGAGGCCAUGAGCAGGGAAGCACUGCCCUUUGUCCUCAAAGAAAGAAACGUGAUAAUUUUUGUGGACGGUAUCGAUGCUUGUGAGAAAGCAGAUGAGCUUCUGGAUGACCUCCAAAAAUAUCUGCUGCAGUCCCCAAUCCCCGCGUCAACCUCGGGUGCCAAACAGACGGAGAAUACCGGGCGGUUCUGCUCCAAGAUCUGCGUUACCAGUACACGGGAACCUGCUGCCAAGGAGAAAAAGCAGAGGCAAUCCAUACAAAUGGAAGAAAACAAUGUCGAAGACCUCGAAGCGUAUGUGCAUCGGCAGCUUCAGCAAGUUUGCGCAUUAGACCAGAAAGGUCUAAUCUUGCAGCGGGCUCAGCGCAGCUUCCUCCGGGCGAGGUUGCUAUGCGAGCAAGCUCAGCAGAACAUACAGCAAAAGCCAUUGGAGUCAGCGAAACAGCUCGGAGAUCUAUAUCAACAUAAUCUUGGUGCCCUUAGCCCAGAGCACAAGUCGCGGGGCCUCAACAUGAUCAAGUGGGCAACAUUUGCAUCGAGACCACUAACGCUUCCCGAGUUAUUUGUCGCCAUUGAGGUGGACAGCAAGAUAGACUCCGACAUCACCAAUCUUUCCGUUCUCUUCAGCCCUCAGCAGGAUGUCACCACUCAACUCCUGACCCGAGAGGCUGACAUGGAGGGCAUCGUUAACCACCUGUCUCGCGGUCUGCUUAAAGUUACCGCAGAAGCAAGUGGCAGGAAGGUUGUGAGGCCCAUCCACAACUCUCUCGCACAGCUCGUCAUGCCACCGAAAGUUGCCACCGAAAAGGUUGAAAAGGACACAGUGACUCCCUCGCCAGAGUCUCUUGUACAUCUUGGCAUGGUAAACACAUGUUUGAGAUUCCUCAACAUUGCCAUGCGGGACCUCCAGUGGCGAUCCAGGGGGCUUCAAGAUCCCGGCGCCACCGGCACGUCGGCAGUUCGCCCUGAGUUUGCAUUCUCAGGAUAUGCCGAGUCUUUUUGGUUCCGACACGCCCAAGUAGUGGAGGCUGGUGCUGGAACAUUGAAGCCAUCCCUGAAGUGGUUCGGUUUUACGUCUAGUGACGGAGACCGGUUUUUGGAGGACUUCAUAGAACUAGCACGGUCUUGUGCCCUCGGUCCUUCGGUCUCGCCUAUAUCUAAUCCACAACAGGAGCAGAAGCCAAAGGAGAGCCAAGAAAAGCAAGCAGACCGAGCCUUCGAAGGAGCGGGCUGGCUGCACUUGUUCGCUCUAUACGGACUGAGAACCCCGUUGCCUGCAGCGAGCAAGGUCAAGCAGGUCCGCAAGGUCGAUUCCCGGGAUCAGACACCGCUUCAUUAUGCCGCCCUGCAGAACCACAGAUCAGUGGUGAAGUCUCUGGUGGCUUAUGCGCAGGACAGAGAUCACCUCGGGAACACACCGUUGCAUCUCGCUGCCAUGCAGGGUAAUGUCGAUGCCAUCAAGGCUAUCCUGAAGUAUAGCACGGUCAAGAAUCUAGCAAACACACCAAACAGUGGAGGCUACAUGCCGCUGCACCAUGCCGUUUAUUACGAGCACAGGUCAGCCGCCAAAGCUCUCUUGGACGAGAAAGUCGGUGCCAAGGUCGAUGCUCGACUGCCCAACGGCAAGACGCCGCUGAUGCUUGCUGCCGAAGUCGGAUCGCACACAUUAGCUGCAGUCCUGCUCGACGCAAAGUCUGGAGGCGCGGACAUAAAUGCCGCUGACGAGAGCGGCCAUACGGCCCUGACCGUUGCGAUACUGAAUGGUAGCUACAGUGUUGUCAAACUUUUGGUCCUCAGAAAGACUUGCGCUGUCGACAAGGUGGAUCGUGAUGGCCGAACGCCCCUGAUGCACGCGGUGCGGUAUGGGAACCUGGCUGCUGCCAAGUUGCUCCUUGACAGCGGCGCACAGAUAACUUGUCGGGAUAAAGAGAAGCGCACCACUGUCGCUAUCGCCCUGGAGGCUGCCAAAAAGACUAGGGGUAGUGACACCGACAAGGCUCUUGUCGUGGCGGGUUUGCUAUUUACAGCAUACGAGAAGGCCAAGGGGGCUGAUGUGGCCAAGUGGGAUCGCGACUGGGCAGAAUCCAAGAAAGACUACCAGGCCCUUUGCAAUAAGCAAGCCCCGUCUGCGGCACCGAAGACCAAGGAUUCGGUGGCCAAACAAUUAGAACUAGGAGUUUCAAAGCCCGCGAGCAAGGUGGAUGCUCCAGGUACAGGCACAGUUGUCGCAACAGCGACCGCGGCGCAAGCCAAGCUGCAAAGCGAUAAAAAGGUUGGAGCAGCAGUCAACGGUAACACCUCCUCAAAUGGCACACCUGAAAAGACUCAGCCCGCAAACGGGGCCGCUGUGACUACAGGAAAGAACCCAACUCCCUCAGCCCAAACCAAGGCCCAGAUUGAGACACAGAAUGCACCUACUGCGAGCACAAAUGGUGCUGCAACUGCGCCCACGGCAAAGAAGGGCAAUGAAGCCAACACUGCUGCUCCUCUGGCCGCGAAACAGGUCGCUUCUCCGGAAUCGGUACCUAAACAGCCCCUUCCAAAGCCGCCGGCUGGAGAAAAGGCAGCCGGGGUCGCAAAGGCCACUCAGGUAGUGUCACUGGCUGUAAAUCCUGCAAAGCCUGCCAUCGCCAAACCUGCGGCUGCUGCCGCUGCCUCAUCGGUCAAGGGAGUCGGCGACGCGAAACCAGCUCCCCAGACGGGUCAACCUGCCCCGAAGAACGCAGUGCCGCCUGCCACCGCGUCAAAGCCCUCACCUCAACCGACACCACAGGCAAAGGGAAUCGUAGACGCCAAAUCAGUCCCAUUGACCACCGAGGCCACAAACCCUUCUCGUUCCACUGCCGCAAAGACGACGUCUCCUGGUCCCGCUCCCCUGGCCAAUGGACAGAAGCCUCCCAAGGUCGCCUCCCCGACGUCUCCAACAGGCCUUCAGAGAAAGAUCGGGUCGACGACGCGCCCACCAAUGCCGCGAGCUCGUGUUUCUUUGGAAGGCGGAUCCGCAGCAGCCCAGCAAGCGGUACAGGUGAAGCCGGCACAGCUGCCGGGUGGACAGCAGGCUCCCGCACCUGCAUCUUCACAGCCAGUCAAGCAGGUAGCCGGUGCUUCUCCAGCUUCACCAGCCAGAUCGCAAGCUCUGCCGUCUCAAGCUGCUGUUGCGGGACCCGAGACUACAACGCCGCAUGUGCCAGCGUCUGAGCCCAUCAAGCGAAAGCCUAUACAUUCUGCAGCCGCUGCGGACCCGGCACCGGCCUCCAAACCCGCUUUCUCACAGCCGCCUGCUGCUGCUGUCAACCCGGCACCAGCCCCUAAGCCAGCUGCCUCACAACCGUCCGCUGCACCUCUGGCCCAGAAGCAGCCACACCAAACGCCAGCAGGCAUACAGAAGCCGCCAGUACAAAAACAGCAGUCAACGCAACAGCAACCACCCGUACCACCCAAGGGAGGGUUUCUUCAAAAGCCGAUGCCGCCGCCAAAGCCAGCUCCCUCACUCGGGAACGUUCUCCAAAAGCCAAAGCCGGGAGAAUCGUUGCAGGCGGCCCCGCAACCCCAUCAGUUGCAACUGCAGGCUCAAGUGAAGCAACCGGAAAAAUUCACUGCGACAGCCCCUUUGAGUCAGCAGCAGCAGCAGCAGCAGCCUGGUGCCAAAGUGCUCAAGCCACCACCAGCGGCCAGUGUGCCCAAGAAGCAGGAACAGCAGACAUUCAAGCCCUAUGCACCAUCGCAGGGAGGACCUACCACAACAACACCUAAUGGCCAGAAACCGCCUGCUCAGAUCCCUCAACAGACCAAGACAGCACAGACAGCAGCAAAAGAACAACCUCGGCCGGCCCAGCAGCCUUCCAAAGAACAGCAACAACAGACUCAGGGACCUGCAAACAACAAGCAGUCUCCCCGCUCUGAGCCUGCCAGGAGGAGCAGCAGCUUCUUUUCCAAGUUCUCCGACAUUUUUUCAUCAGGAAAGGAAAAGAAUGACAAGCCAUCUCCGCCAUCUUCUGUCCAGGGCAAGGGCCCGGGUCCACAGAAGUCAGAUCCUCCCAAGCCAUCAGUCACGCCUUUUGCACCGAGAGCCAGCGGUCAAUCCUCAACAGUACUACAGUUCCAGGAAAGACCAGCUGAGAAUUAUGUCCCCUACUCCCCCUAUUCCCAAGGCCUAGCAAGCCAACAACACAUUUCCAACUACGCUGCGCCUCAACUUUACAGGCAGCAGCAUCCUGGCCAGUAUGGGCAUGCUCAAGAGGGCCAGUUUCCAUCACCUUACCAACAAGGCCAUUUUGGUGACGAGCGUUCGCAGCAAUUCCAAACUGGCUUUGACCACAGAAAUGGGGUCAGCCAGACAGGCUACAACGAUUGGAACCAUUCCCGACAGUCCCGCGAGGUACAUCCUAAUACCCAGGGGCAGCCCGACAGAGGCUCCAACUCCCGUCCCGGUGUCAAUCCCGCACUGCUUGUCAGUGGGGCGGCUGGACUGGCAGCAGGCGCAGGCACCGUCCUCGUGUACAACGUGAUGCAGUCUCAAAACAACGAGCCAGAGCAGUCAGAAAGGGCUAUAUCACCCGACUCUCGCACAUAUUCGAGCUACAUGGAAUCUCAGUAUCCGACCGAGUACAGCACGCGUGGGUCACAGCACCAGACAGAGCCGAGCACUUAUGGAACCGAGAAUGAUUACCAGCCAGCGGAUGACACGAACCGCUCGUUCAUUGCGGCUGAUGAUCUCCGCCUAAAAUGUGUGCAAAAACAUGAGGAGCCGCUUGAAGUCUCGGACGUCGAGCCUGAGAAAGAGGCCCAUGUCGCGUCUCAACUCAUGAACCAAAGACUUGCUCUAGACAUGGAUGACGAUGUGCACAGCACCCCGUCGCCGGUACCAUCGACUCCAUCCGGUCCUGGUUUUGAUAGACGGUCAAUUGACAUGGGAUGGGAGAAGUACCUCAUCCGAGAGGAAAACGACAGCCUCAAAUCCCCUGCGAGUCCUCUGGGCCGCUUUGAGCCGGAUGUUGACAGUCAGCAGUUUGCUCCACAGCCCUUGUCACUGAAGGAGCACGAACAGUCGGAAGAUGAGGGACCUGACGUUCUAGAUGAUGAUGAAGACGAGAGAAGAUCCGUCGAGUCUCACAUGUCUCACAUCAGUAGUCGCCCGCCAUCUCGUGGCUUUUCUGCACAAAGUCCUUACCUGCCAGCAUCUGACGACGAGAAUGUACCGGAUAAUUACGCAUUGAAUUACCUUUCUGAACACGAGGAUGACUUGCGAAACGCCGGGCUAUCCGAUGCUGAAGCAAGGGAUGACGAGACCGAUGUCAAGAGCCUGCAAUCUUGUACACUCAACGACAACGAGGUCAGGGACAAUGACGAAGACCAUGCUCAAAUGCACAGCACAAGCAUGCUUGAUGAAGAGUUUGAUGGCAAGGUCUCUGAUGACGAGAGUUCGGAGCAGUGUGACAUUCACAAGUCCGGAGACGAAAUCGACGCUCCAGAAGACCGCUCUAUAUUCGGCGACUAUGAGCCCCAAGACAGCACUGGAAUUCCAGAUAGCGACGAGGACGAUGGGAAGAGCUUUGAAGGAUACAAUGACCCUGACGAUGCUGCUGGCAGUGACAUUGGUCGGUUUUCUCAUGCCGAUGCGGCAUCUCAGAAUGGCAGUGAAUUCGGCGAUGGUCCCCAUGAAGGUCACAUGCAAGACGACGGAAUAUCUGAGAACAGGGACGAUGAAAACCACUCACAGGAAGGGCAUGAUGAUCAAGGCAGCGACCACGAUGAUGCUCACGACAUCGACGGGAAUCCACCUGUGGCAGGUUAUGCAGUGCCAGAGAGCCCCAUGUCGUUGCAUCACCAAGAGCAUGACCGUUUCCAGGAUACCUAUAGAGAAGAACACCAUACGGGUGCACACGACGAGCAAUACCGCCAGCAGCAUCAACACGAGAACCACCUUGUCAUGUAUAAUGAGGAUGGUUACGACUCGCCCCAGACUGGAGGGGCACAAUCGCAGGACUAUCAUGAUCAAUACCAGGCUCAACAAUACCCCGGUAACCAGUUCUCGCAGAACCAACCCGUCAAAGAAGAUGAACGUGAUCACCAGCAAUACCAUGCCCAUUCUCAGAUCUCAAGCCACCAGCCCGGCAGCCAUCCUGAUCACGAGCAGGAACAAGCGCCUCAAAGCGGUGCCUACCAUCAAGGCUGGGCGGGCGUCGGCCAAGAACAUGUUGCUCGGGACUCAGAGGAUGAAGCAAGUGACCAUGAUGGCUACGGGGCACCACAGCAACGAUAUCACCAAGCGCAAGGACGCGCGGCAUAUGCUUCGAGCGAUGAAGAGGACCAAGAUGAUCAAUUUGUCGGUGCCACAAAUGACGACGACGGCCGAGACGAAGAUGGAGAUGAAACCCAAGGUGGGGAGUACGUCGCCGAUGACGGUGAAGCGGACUACGGGGGACACGGAUAUGGAAACUAUGAUGAUGGUGACUACUGACUUUGACUGCUGUAGAGGUGUGAUUUGCUAGGUUUUUUUUUUUUUUCUUUUUCUUUUUUUCUCUGUUAACAUUAAAUUCACAAUAGCUAGAAUUCAAAUCAGUCUAAAAUGUCUUGUUCACUCG